GAGAGGACCUCGGUAACCAGAGCAGCCCCAACCUAAGCGAAGUGCACCUGUAAAUUGUAAUGUUUCAAGAUGUCAACAGGCACACUCGUGCUCCUAGCCCUCAUGAGCCAGGGGGGCACACAUGGUAAAGCCAUCAACUCCUUCCUGGGCCCUUACAUAAUGUACACAGACCGCUUUUACUUGUGCGAGCCAGAUAAGCGCCCGCUUCCGUGGAGAUGGCAUUUGCGCACGACGCACUUCAACCCGCGUAAACCAAAGGAAAAACAACUACUGACUGGGAACUUGACAGGUGUAAAUAUGUCUUUUGAUGACAGCUGUUGGAUGAAAGUAAUCUUAGAUGCUCGGUCAAAUAACCAAUGGAAGGAAAACGCCUUUAUCUUUUUGGUGAAAUCCAAAGCAUGCACGCGUUACAGAGCAGGUGCCCCUGCAUUAUACGACCUAUUUUUUAGGAAGAGAGAAAUUAACGGCAUGUGCAGUCACCAACCUGGAGUUUACGCGGUCGAGAACGCUACAUUGGAAUGGACUUUUCCGAACAUUCCCAUCAUGCCAUAUGGCCACUAUAGGUACAGAAUGAUGCUUGGCAAAGCCGAAAACCUCCUCAUGUGCGGGGCGCUAGAAGCCUCGCUUAUUCCAAAAGUCGAGUGACGUUUCAAUGUUUAAGAUUACAUUUACUGCUAUGUACCCUGCACACAAUAUUUUGCAGCUUUUGC